ACACACAGACUUGGCUGAAAGUUUUUGAGUUGUUGCUCAGGCCAAAAGCAAGCGAGCAGAGAGAACAGAAGGGAAACAGAAGAAAAAAAACGUUCUCUAGUUCUGCACACACACACACACACACACAGAGAGACACAGAGGGGGAAACAGAAAGAUGCGAACUGGUUACUGUGUUUAUUCAUCUUCUGUCCGACAAACGACGCAUUGGAGAAACUGAAAGUGGAUUGUACAGAAGGAGCGAUUGGAGAACAUCGCGGGCUUUCCUCUUGUUUUCUUUUUGGAUUAUCAAAAUGCGCGUUUUCUUUGAUGAUGUUAAAAAGUCGCGAGCCGUUUGGAACGCGAGCGCGAGAAGUUCCUUUGCUGGAGUAAAAACUACUUUGAAGUUUUGCAUCCACAUCUAACUCUCUCUCUCUCUCUCUCUCUCUCUCUCGUUUCCGUCCCGGAUCCUUGGUUUUUUUUUGUUUGUUUUUUUUGCACGUUUUUCACGUGUUUUGUGCGUUAAGGCAUGCGGUGCGCACGGAGCGCCUGGAAGGAUGCUGCCGCUUCUGCUUAUACAAUGGAAAUGAAGAGCACUUUGGCAGCCGUGCUUUUGCUUUUCUUUCUACUUUUUUGUCCUGCUUUGAGCCAAGAACUUAACCCCAAGGGCCGGAAUGUGUGCAGGAUACAAGGGUCUUCAGGGUUUGCAUGUUGCAGUGGAUGGGCACAACAAGGGGACGAGUGUUUAACACCUCUCUGUGAGGGCAAUUUCACUUGCAAGGAGAACGAGGUGUGCGUCCGUCCAAACGAGUGCCGCUGCCGCCAUGGAUAUUUUGGAGCGAGCUGUGACACCAAGUGUCCUGCUCAAUUCUGGGGUCCUGACUGCAAAGGCAAAUGCAUGUGUCACCCUCAUGGCAAGUGCGAUGAUGUAACGGGCAAGUGCACAUGCCACCCAAACCGCUGGGGCGAGAACUGCGAGAAACCAUGCCCAUGUCAAAAAGGCAAGUGUGAUCAGGAAACUGGCAAGUGCACGUGCCAUACUGGAUUUUGGGGCCCGCACUGCAGCAACAACUGCUACUGCAGCUUGAACUCAGUGUGUGACCAGGCCACAGGACGCUGCCUUUGCGCUCCGGGGUGGUAUGGCCGCAACUGUGGUGCCCAGUGUGCCUGCAAUAACUCACCGUGCGAGCAGUUCACCGGUCGAUGCCAAUGCCGUGACCGUCUGUGGGGUACGAAUUGUGAACGCUAUUGUCAGUGCGUGCAUGGAAAAUGCAACCAGGCUGACGGCUCCUGCACCUGUAAACCGGGCUACAGGGGCAAAUUCUGUAGGGAGCCAUGUCCUGCUGGGUUCUAUGGGCAGAACUGCAGGAACAAAUGUGGUCACUGUAAGGGUCAGCAACCAUGCAAGGUCACAGAAGGACGGUGCGUUACAUGCGAGAGAGGCUGGAAUGGCACUAAAUGUGAUCAGAUGUGUGCACCAGGCUUUUUUGGAGAGAACUGCCAAGACGAGUGUCCACCCUGUAAAGACGGGCAUUACUGCAACCGCAUCGAUGGGAAGUGUUCCCACUGUAAUCCCGGCUGGAUCGGAGAUCGCUGUGAGGUCCGCUGUCCCAAUGGCACUUAUGGGGAGAACUGCGAGAAUGACUGCAGCCAUUGCUUUAAUGGAGAAUGUCACUUCGCUACUGGAGAGUGCCUAUGUGAUCCGGGCUUUUAUGGGACUUUUUGCAACCUGACCUGUGAGUCCGGCCACUUUGGGGUGAACUGCGCACAGACGUGUCCUUGCCACGAUAAAAACUGCGACCCUGUGUCUGGAGACUGUAAUCUGUAUCCUAACCAGCGGAUGGGCGUGAUCGCUGCAGGCAUGCUGGUGUCCUUACUGCUGCUCAUCCUGCUCUCUCUUCUCUGCUGCUGCUGCCUCUGUAGCAACAAAGACCGCAGUAGUUCAAACCGGGAGAACUCCACCAGCAGUAAGAAGGCCAAGAGGAUCCUGUGUGGGCGAUUUAGCCGAAUCAGCACCAAGCUUCCCAGAAUCCCACUGCGCAGACAAAAACUCCCCAAAGUUGUUGUAUCUCGCCACGACCCCGAAAACACCUUUGAUUGCAGUUUUAUAGAGCCUCCAUCUGCCCCCGAGCAUCAGACUCCAUCCUGGUCCUCCCAGGAGUCGUUCUCCUCUUUUGAAACAAGCGAAGAUGGCCCAGUUUACUGCGUACCCCAUGAAGAUACCAUAAAUGAGGGUAAUACCAGACCCACCCCUAAUGCCGGUACGGAGAAUCUUGUGGCUGCUAAUGAGGAUGAUGCUGGGGAAUACACCUCUCUCAAAGACACAAGAUCGACAACAAAGCCUGUCAAUGAUGGUAGUGAGCAGCCACUGCUAAAGUCAGACAGUGACGGCUCUACAAGUGGAUCAGAGUCAGCCAUGGGAGCGCUCUAUGCCCGGAUUGCCCGUCUGUCUAAGAAUUCCAAAGAGGAGGAGGACAGCAGCACAGCUGAGACCAAAGUCAGCGACAAGGCCACAUCCCCUGAGAAGACCAAACCCCGGCCACCAGACCCCUCUACCAAACCGAAGGUGUCUUGGAUCCAUGGAACUGGAGCCAACCAAACAGAGAAGGGCCAGGCACCUUCACCACCAAAAGAGAAGAAAAAAUCUACAACAGAAGCUUCUGGAAAGGGGGAUGAAAAGCAUCGAUCAAAGGAGAAAUCAAGCAAGAAAUGUGAGCAGAAGAUUCAAGAUGGUAAAGGUGAUGGGAUGGAUUCCCCAAGCAAAAUCAAAACCCACAAAGCUUCAGACCCCAUUGAGCACAUCAACGGAGCUGUCCAGAAUGCUUUAAGGAAAAUUGGAAACUUCCAUUCAGAUAGAAAAGGUAGCGAGACUACCAAAGAGCCACCCAAGAGUCCAAAGAUCAUGCAUCCUCAUAUAAACUCAGAGGCGGCCACUCUUCUCGCUGCUCAACUUAAAGAGAAGACCCAGAGCCUGAAUCGCAACGAAGGCAUUUCAAUUGGAAUUAAAUCCAAUGGGGUGUCUACACCCCAGGCCAACAGGGAGAAGCCCACGCCACCUCAGAAGGCCAAGCGAUCAGUGACUGCAGCGAACAAACCGCUUCUACCGACUUCCAAUAACCUUCAAAAGAUGAUUGCUCCUGUAACAGACUCCAGCACCCCUGAGCCUCCAAGCCCAGAAAUGCAGGCCAUAAAUGGGACCCAGAUAGGAGAUGCAGGAGAUGCUACACCAAAGAAAACACCCAUUAAAAAGCCACCUAGAAAGAAAGGCAAGGAGACAACCUUAGAGACAGAACCUAAGACCACUCCAAAGAUGGCAAUUAUGCCGCCUCAGAUCGUCAAAUAGACACUUAAUUUAGAAAUAACUGGCUGACCGUGCAGUGCCUGACUGUAGUGAAUGAAGCCUUUGAUUUAAUACUUUCUUGUCUCAUGAUAAGCAAACUGUUGGAUGGUUAUCAAAUGGAAUUGCUGGAUACUGGAUAUAUUGUUCUGCACGAUCUUUCUUUUUUUUUUUCAUAUCUUCUGAUGUUCAGGACUAUCUUGGAAAAGGAACAGUCACUGGUUCACAUGUUGUGCCUUGAAAGAAACAGUUGUACUGCCUGUACAAAAUUCACAGUUGUAUAGUAGGUGAAAUUUAAUUUUAUAAAAUUUUAUAUGCAAGUCUACAUUUAACAAAUAGUCUACCAGUCUUCACAUAGAUCCAGCUUGACUUUUCAUAGCAUCAUGCAAAAAACAAGCAAAAAUAAAAAAAAACAGUAUCACAAUAUUAGCAGGGGGAAAACUUUUCAUACUGUAUGUGAAUACCGUGGUACUAUUAUUGGUUAUAGCGGUGCAACACAAGCACACUUUCUUUCACACAAAUCCUACACUUGGCAUUCUGUAACAGCUUACCUACAAUUGUGUAACAUCAUAAUGAGAUUAAAUUUCUGUAUGUAAUUAAAUCAGGUGAAACUUGACCAAAGAUGGUUCAAAGGUUCCAAAAACAUA